CGCAGAACAGCACAGGGAGACGACACAGCUACAAACGUACAUUAGAGUUGAGGUUAGAAGUAGAAGUUACUGUAUUUGAGCACAAUUUUAAGAUGUCAGAAGGAGUCUAUGAAAACUCAGAUGGAUUUGAAGACGAUGAGCCUGAUGUAAUGAAGAACACAGACAUCGAUGGCCAAAUAUAUUCCAAUGUAAGAGCCUUCAAGCCCAGUACAAGAGAUGGAAUUGUUGCUUCAGAGCCUGAUAGAUCAGGGAAGAGAUGCUUGCUAGUUGCUGCAGUGUUUCUGGGGCUGCUGUGUGUUCUCCUACUGGCUGGGAUCAUAGGCCUGUCUGUCUACUAUAACAGAGUCAUCAAAGAUUCUGAGGAUAAAAGGAACAUCUUGUCACAGAGUUGUUCCCUUUAUGAGACAAACACAACUGCAGAGAGAGACCAGUUACAGACCAGAUACAGCAACCUGACUGAAGAGAGAGACCAGUUACAGACCAGAUACAACAACCUGACUGAAGAGAGAGACCAGUUACAGACCAGAUACAGCAACCUGACUGAAGAGAGAGACCAGUUACAGACCAGAUACAACAACCUGACUGAAGAGAGAGACCAGUUACAGACCAGAUACAGCAACCUGACUGAAGAGAGAGACCAGUUACAGACCAGAUACAACAACCUGACUGAAGAGAGAGACCAGUUACAGACCAGAUACAGCAACCUGACUGAAGAGAGAGACCAGUUACAGACCAGAUACAACAACCUGACUGAAGAGAGAGACCAGUUACAGACCAGAUACAACAACCUGACUGAAGAGAGAGACCAGUUACAGACCAGAUACAGCAACCUGACUGAAGAGAGAGACCAGUUACAGACCAGAUACAACAACCUGACUGAAGAGAGAGACCAGUUACAGACCAGAUACAACAACCUGACUGAAGAGAGAGACCAGUUACAGACCAGAUACAACAACCUGACUGAAGAGAGAGACCAGCUACAGACCAGAUACAACAACCUGACUGAAGAGAGAGACCAGUUACAGACCAAAUACAACAACCUGACUGAAGAGAGAGACCAGUUACAGACCAGAUACAACAACCUGACUGAAGAGAGAGACCAGUUACAGACCAGAUACAACAACCUGACUGAAGAGAGAGACCAGUUACAGACCAGAUACAACAACCUGACUGAAGAGAGAGACCAGUUACAGACCAGAUACAGCAACCUGACUGAAGAGAGAGACCAGUUACAGACCAAAUACAACAACCUGACUGAAGAGAGAGACCAGUUACAGACCAAAUACAACAACCUGACUGAAGAGAAAGGCCAUAUUCAGGCAAAGCUUUUUGUGAUGGGGCAGCAUUGUCAGGAGGGAUGGAGGUACUUUGACUCCAGUUUGUACUUCCUCUCUACUGAGAAGAAAACCUGGGAGGAGAGCAGACAGAAUUGUAAGAGGAGAGGAGCCGACCUCGUGAUCAUAAACAGCAGAGAGGAACAGACAUUUCUCUUCAACCUCCACCUGAGAGCCUGGAUUGGUCUGACCGACUCUGUCACUGAGGGGACCUGGAAGUGGGUGGACGGCACAUCACUGACCACAGGGUACUGGAGCGCAGGACAGCCUGAUGAUAAUGGGCAGGAGGACUGUGCUGAGAUAUACUUUAGACAAGAUGACCCUGUAAAGACAUGGAAUGAUGACAAUUGUGGCACAAAUCAUAACUGGAUCUGUGAGAAAGUGGUUCACACAGACCCAGGACAGUGUAGGGAGAAGACACAGGACAGAUGUAUAUUAGAGUUGAGAUUAGAUGUAGAAGUUACUGUAUUUUAUCAGCAGUGUGUUAAGAUGUCAGAGGGAGUCUAUGAAAUCCCAGAUGGAUUUAAUGACGAUGCAAUGAAGAACACAGACAUUGACGGCCAAUUAUAUUCCAACCUAAGAGCCUUCAAGUCCAGUCCAAGAGAUGGAGUUGUUGCUUCAGUACCUGUGUCCACAGAGCCUGAUAGCUCAGGGAAGAGACCCUUCCUAGUUGCUGCAGUGUGUCUGGGGCUGCUGUGUGUUCUACUGGCUGGGAUCAUAGGCCUGUCUGUCUACUAUGAUGGCGUCUCUAAAAGCUUCUCAGCCUAUAAAACCAACUCAUCUGCAGAGAUAGAACAGCUACAGACCAGCAACAACAACCUGACUAAAGAGAGAGACCAGAUACAGACCAGUUACAGCACCCUGACUAAAGAGAGAGACCAGAUACAGACCAGUUACAGCACCCUGACUAAAGAGAGAGACCAGCUACAGACCAGUUACAACACCCUGACUAAAGAGAGAGACCAGCUACAGACUGAGAGAUAUUUUCUUAACUGGAGGCUUACCAAUCUCAGCUGGCAGAAGUUUGAAUCCAGUUGGUACUUCCUGUCUACUGAGUCUAAAACCUGGAAGGAGAGCAGAAAGGACUGUCUGAAGAGAGGAGCAGACCUGGUGAUGAUAAACAGUGAUAAGGAACAGACUUUUCUCUUCAACCUCAAGAAGAGAGUCUGGAUUGGUCUGACUGACUCUGUUAAGGAGGGGACCUGGAAAUGGGUGGACGGCACCCCACUGACCACAAGGUACUGGAAUGACAAGCAGCCUGAUAGUAAAGAUCCUACUGGGGAGGAGGACUGUGUUGAGAUACAUACAGAUUGGACUCCACUUAAGGCAUGGAAUGACAUGUCAUGUGACAGGAAACUCAAUUGGAUUUGUGAAAAAGUGUUUUAACAUCACCAUGACAACGUACUAUAACACAUACAGCAGUUUACAGUGUACACAACUUUAUUCUUCAUUCUCUCUCUCUAUCUCUCUCUCUCACACACACACACACACACACACACACACACACACACACACACACACACACACACACACACACACACACACACACACACACACACACACACACACACACACACACACACACACUCUCUCUCUCUCUAUCACACUUACACACAUUUUCACACACACAUGCAGGUACACACACACACAUGCAGGUACACACACGCAUUCAAAUGCACCUAUUGUUGUAUUAGUUUGUUGUAUCAUAUUAAUAAAAGUCCUACUUAUUU